AUGAGAGCUACCGAGGAACACAGAACUGCCAAGCACAGGCAGAGGCCAACCAUCAAACAGAGUAACGCCCGUUUGUAAGAGUCAUCAAAUGCUCACAGGAUGUGGGAACUGGAGGAUUUCACAGAGAUUCGCAGGUGGUAUGCACUCCACCUGCUGUUGUGCGUCACCUUCUUCAUAUCGGGCGUGAUAAUCAAUGCCGUUCAGUUUCUGCUCUAUGUCACGCUGAGGCCCUUCAACAAAUCCCUCUACUGCACACUAAACUACUACCUAAUAUAUUCACUCAUGUCACAGGUGUUGUUUUUGGCCGAGUGGUGGUCGGGGUCGGAAAUCCGCGUGUUUACGUCCGACGAGGCCUACCAAAUGUGGGGCAAGGAACACGCGCUAAUCAUCAUGAACCACACCUACGAAGUGGACUGGCUGAUGGGCUGGAUCGUGGCAGACCGCAGCCACACUCUCGGGUCUGCAAAAGUGUUCGUGAAGAAGAUGAUGCAGUACGUGCCGACAAUAGGGUGGGCCUGGCGUCUCUCCGACAUAAUCUUCCUUAAUCGAAAUUGGCAGGAAGACAAAACUAUCAUGCAGACACAAAUUAAGGAGUUCUUUGACUAUCCUUAUCCAGUUUGGAUGCUGCUAUUUGCCGAGGGCACGAGGUUCACACCGGCAAAACACGAAGCCAGUAUGGAGUUUGCCAGGAAGAGAGGUCUACCAGAGUUGAAGCGACACCUGAUCCCUCGCACACGGGGCUUCAUUCAGUGUGCACAGUCACUGAAAGGAAACUUCCCCGUAAUCUAUGACGUCACCGUCGGCUUCAACACUAAAGAAGGAGAGGAGCCGUCCUUGCAAAACAUGCUGCGGGGCAGGAAGGUGAUGAGUGAGAUAUACAUACGUCGCCUUCCCUUGGAUGAGGUUCCUGACGAUGAUGAAGGUGCCUCUAAAUAUCUUCAUGAACUCUACAGGUCUAAGGACCAGUUACUAGACAGUUAUAUCAACACGGGGAGUUUCACCGAGGAGAACGACCUGCCCAAGUACUCCAGUCGUGCCAUGCCCAGGAGACCUUACUCUCUCCUCAACAUGAUAGGAUGGGCUUCUUUUGUCCUGUCCCAAAUUCUCCGCUUUUAUUACAACCUCAUAACAAGUGGCUCUCUUAUAUCCAUUUCCUUUGCUGUUGGCAUUGUGAUCUUUGCCUAUUUGGGAUUGUACAAGAUGAUAGGACUGACCAAAAUCGACAAGGGAUCCCAGUAUGGCAGCACAGACACAAAUAAGAAAGAUUAAGGUACCUGUUUUAUGGUAAUGUUUGGAAGAGGAGCUCCAUCAGUGUGAGGAAGAUAUCUUAGCGGGUUAAACUAUUUUUUUUUUUUUUCUCUAUUCUUUCACACAGAAACCCAUGGUAGGGAUAGCUUAAGAUUAGUGGGAUAUUGAAGGUCCCUGAUAAUUAUACUUUUAUUUACUAAGUUUCCUCAUAUGGGUUGUGUUUAUAUUCUGUUCUUUAAAAUUUAAAUUAUGGUAACACUCUUGUUUUUUAUAUAUUGGUAUGAAUUAUAUGAUUAAUUCUACUGGUAAGUUAUUUUAAUCCAUUACAAGCACUGUAGAUAAUAGGCUGAGUUUGUGCAUAUGAGAUUUAAUAUAAUUUGUCUCAAAAUCCAGAUCAAUUUACCAUCAUGCUGUAAAGAAAUCAUAAAGUAUGUAGGACCUAGUUGAACUUUAGUCAUUGUUUGAGUUGUGGUAAUGUGUGAAUGUGGAAAUGUAGCAGUUAUAUGAGCGUAGCACACCUCUUGUUAGUGUUUACAAGUUAGAAAUUUAUUGAAUUUUUUGUGGGAAAUUUUCACCGGAGCAAAGUCAGACUUUAUCAUGUAGAACGUCUCUGCCGAUCGUCAUAACAGACCAUUUGAAUAAUUUUUCUUCCGUCAAUAAGACUGUGCAUUGUAUUGUGUAUAUAACUCAGGGGACCCAGUCAGAUGCAUCCUGUCUUCAUAGGGAUGACCAAAGCUAAAUAGAAAAUAAUUAUCGAUGAACGUGAAGAUGUUCGCCCGACCAUAACACAACACUUGCUCGGUCGUGACACUUUUUUACGGAACGGCUGACCGAGAACGGGUUCUUUUGACAACAACAGCAUCACUUGUUACCUUCAGAGAACACUUUAUUUUAGUGUUAGAUGUGAACUGAAAUGAAUUGCUGCUUUAUUUUAGAUUUAAUCUACAGGUUCAGCAGUGAGAUGGCUCUAGUUUUUUAUUUGAUAUAAUUUUAGUUAAGAAUUUGUUACUUAGAAGCACUGGAGUCUAUAAAAGUAUACAGCACUGCACUGACUACAUUAGGAAGCAUAGAUUUGGUGGUAGACUUUUGGCAAACAUUACAUGGAGGGGUUGGUGGAGGAGGACAUGGAUGUGUGCACUGGUAUCAGCCAAGUUAGGUUCAUCACAAGGUACUGUACUGUACCGCACUGCACUGUCACAAUGAUAAUUUUAGUGCUGUCAGUCAUAAAAGAGGAAUUUGUUUCACUCUUGCCAGCCCAUUACCUGUGGUGGGCUGCCAGGACCAACAGCAACAAACACUUCCACUCAUUUGCUGGAGGAAUAUAUUACAAUAAUCAUAUUGAUUUUGCUGCAAUAAUAUAUUUAGUAUAAAGAAAUGUUAAUCUACUCUGAAUAAAUGCAGAGUAUAAGACUUAUAAGUACAUUAAAUAUGUACUGUAUACUAUACUGUACAGUACUGUAUGUGAUUGGGCAUUAUUGUAGGAAAUGUAAGUUGUCAUAUACAGUAAGGCAUUAAUGAGCAUUAAAGUGAUUUUAAUAAACUUGACACAAAAUAACCAAUGGUAAAUGAAGGUCCAGGCGAGGCAUUACUGUACAUGGACAUUACAUUACCACUGAGAUGUACUGUACUGUGUUUGAGGUCCAGGCGAGGCAUUACUGUACAUGGACAUUACAUUACCUCUGAGAUGUACUGUACUGUGUUUGAAGAAAAGAAAAUAUCUUCAUAUGAUGAAUUUAUUGUAUCAUUAACUGUGGUAAUACUUCUGGUCUGGUGUUAAAGUGCAGGGUGAACCUUGUUAAUUGUCAACCAAUAUUUUUUUAAUAUUUAAAUAUUUUUUCAUGUGUAUAUUUUUUGUUUUAGAUAAGUUAAUAGCUGAAUCAUAUUUCAGUAAACACUGUAUGAUGAAUAUCAGAGGUUUGUGGUAGUUGAGGGGGCACCUUAUGUGAUUUAAUGUGAACAAUUGUCGGCUCAAGUUUUUCUGUGAUGACACUCUGUCGGCUGCCUCUCUACAAAAAAUAUUGCACGAUUUUUGGGUGAUGUUUAUGUAAGUGUUGCAAAAGACACUAAUUUUCAUGUGCUAAAUAAAUGAAUAGGUUGCUUUAGUUAUUAACUGCAAAAACAAAAAAGAAUUCUGGAAGGAAUUGUAUCCCCUUAGUUUAAAGAUUCUAUGGAAGAAUUAUGUGAACUGAUGUACAUAAUUAUGUUACAUUAACAAUUAAUCUUGAUACUUUCCUCAAAAUUUUUCUCUUCUUAACAACCACUUAGGAAGAGAUGUUUUAGCCAAAGUUGCCAAAAGCUUUCAGUGAUCGAGGUUGUCACAAAGACUGUAUGAUAUUUAUGAGUUUACAGAAGACCAACUGAGUGGAUGUUGUGUAUUCAUUGAAAGAGAAUGGACUUUGUAAAUUGUGUUUUUCCCCCAAAGAAUAAUGUGUGUAUAUUUAGUUUGGUUUUUUUUAUCACCUGUAUUUUUAUCAUAGUUUAGGUUAUCCUCUGUUCUAGUCAGUAGGAUGAAUAAGGAUUUGCACCACCCCCCCCCCUUUCUCUUUUUACAUGCGAGACCCCGUGGUCCCGGCUAUGGUGUGGUAGAAUUUUAUUUUUAUUUGGAUUUACGUCAGGAACAAACUGCAGCAAACACAGUGAUGGGUUGGUGUGAAGCAGUGUUGGGUCGGUGUAAAGCAGUAUUGGGUCGGUGUGAAGCAGUGUUGGGUCGGUGUGAAGCAAUGUUGGGUCGGUGUGAAGCAAUGUUGGGUCGGUGUGAACCUGUGGGUGGUUGAGGAUCAGUCUGCAGUACAGUACUGUAUUUGCCAUGUGAGUCACCUUCCUUUACUCAUUCAUCUCUUCAUUUUGUCUCUGUUUAUAACCCUUUAAUGAUACUACAUCCCCGAUAGAGUGUAAUACCAGUCUUAGAGUAGACAGUGUAUAUUAUUGAAAAUAUUGUGUAGCAGUUUUUUUUCUCUAGGUAAUGAAUCAAAAAUAUAUGCUUGCCAUAUUAUAUUCAUUUGUUUUUAGUGUUAUGUUGGAAGAGAGUGUGGGAAGCUUCUCAGAAGACUGGCCUUGGUACACAUAAGUGAGUGUGCUCUUGAUCUUACACAAAUUACCAAAACACACCAAAGGAUUUGAUCAUCAUUCCUGGUAUUACAUAAGGGAAGGACAUCUGGUUGAAAUAUAUAAAAGGGGAAAAAAUUAACAUUUGCUUUACAAAGUAAGGUAACCAAAAUAGAAGUGUAGCAUUAGAACAGCCAGAUGUAAAAGAGAAAUGGGAAAUCACAUUGUAAGGUAGUGUAAGUUGUGAAUGUUAGACGGGACUGUAUGUACCCUUGAGGAGUUAUGAGUGAGUGAGGGUGUGCAGGUCAGUGGAGUUACAUAGAUAGACCAGUGACUAAGGCUGUUCAGAUGUGCAAGUGGGGCUGUUCAGACCACUGAUGGGGGCCAAACAAUUGUGAAUGCAACUGGUGAGAUGUGUAAUGGAGGCUGGGCACACCACUGGGUAGGAAUGACAUGUGAAUUUGAUGAGAGAGAGUGAGUAGUGCAUAAAGGAACCUCAUCAUAAUUUGCUGUUUCCAUGAUAGUUUUAUUUGUUACUUUCUGCCUUGAGCUGGACAACAGGUGAAAUAUAAGUAACAAAAUAUGGCAAUAAUACACUAAUAUGAACCACAUAAACCUACCAAAGGAACAAUUAAAAACAAGGCAGGAUUUUAAUUUGAUUAUUGUAUGAUUUAAAAAAAAAGGGAGAAACUUUACUGAGGUAGGUUAGGUAGUGUUUGGUCUUUGUGUUCCUUACUAAGAUGCUGAACUGUGUCAACACCAAGUUGCUCGUGCACACAUGAUAUAUAUUGUAUAAGGAAAAAUAUUUGCAUGUUGAAAAUGUAAAAUAGCUAUGAUUGUUAGUUAAGGUUUCAAGGUUAACUUUUUACAGUUGUGAAAAUAUAGUUACUUUUAUUAAAUUUUCUCUGCAGGAUAGUAGCAAGUGGUCUUAGGCUGAUAGUUCUGACAAGCACUGUCCUAUUCAUCUCUCACACCAUCUCUACAUGUGUUUGAAAAGUGUAUUAUUGUUAUCGGAAAAUAGUUUUAUUGUCACCCGGCUAGAUGGCGUUAUUUUCUCGAGUUUGAGUAUUUAUCUGCCUAGCAAUUCAUUGUCAGAGCACACCUGACUGGCAGCCAUUCGUUAGUCUUGAGUUGUCUUUCAUUAGUGGUCAUCAAUCACCGAAUGGUCCACAGCGGCUAGUGUUUUUUUCCACAACUAUUAUCAACUGACACUUGAUUUCUGUUUCCUGUGACUGUAAAUAUUUUAUACAUAUUAAAAUUUCCACAUUGUUGCCCA